AUGGCUCUCAAUGAUAUAGAAGAGAUUAAUAAUUUUAUGAGUUAUGCCAUAAAUUUUGAUGGAAAACAAAAAGUUUGGGCAAGUCAAAUUUUUAAAGAAAAAUCAAUAAGGAAAACUAUUUCAUUUAAUAAUGAUACAACACAAAGUGACACUACCUCAGAUGAAGAAAAUAACCUUAGUGAGGAAAAUAUUUUUAGUCUUUUUGAAAAUAAAUUAGAAGACAAACUUACAUCAUCAACAUUUUAUAAAGAAAAAAUUGAAAAAAUUAAUAAAAAGACAAUGUUUGAGGAAAGUAUGAAAAAUAAGGAAAUAUCAAAAAUACCAAAGAAAAAAACAUAUAUAUCUUAUAUUUCAAUGUACCUUGAAAAUGCUAAGAUAGCACCUUUUAAAGAAUACUUAAAUCCAUUUGAAAGUUAUUAUAAAUAUAUAAAUACUGGACCAAAUCAUGUAUCAGUUAAUAUAAUACUUCCAUUUGUUGAAACGGGUAAAAAUUCUAUUAUUAUUGAAUGUUCCAAAGAUAUUGAAAUUUCUAAUCUUAUUGGUUUAAUUUGUUAUAAAUAUACAUUGAAAAAUUAUAAACCACCUUUAAAAGAUAUUUAUUAUUAUGAAUUAAAAAUUGCUCAUUCAUCUCAUGAAAUUUACUAUGAUUUACCUAGUUUAGAUGUAACAAAAAAAUUUAAUGAGGCUAAUUUUGAUAAUCUUGCUUUAAUAGAUAUAACUUUAUUAGGAAAUAAUUAUUCAAAAAAUGUUACUGUUUAUACAUAUGAUGCAAAACCAUAUAUAAUAUCUUUACCAUCAUAUAAUGUUCCAUUAAGUAUGGUUCGUGAUAAAUGUUUAGAUAUGGUACGUUCAAAACUUGGUUUAGAAAAGAAAAUUAAAGAUUUAAAAAUGCCUUUAUUUGAAGCUAAUUGUGAUGAAUUUGUCCUACUUCGCCAAAAUAGUGUACGAGGUGACUUUACAAGUAUAUAUGAAAAGAAAACAGUUACAUCUUCAAGAAAUAUUACCACUAGUAAUGAUAAAUCUCCCAAUACAAUAGAUAAUAUGUUACCAGUUAUAUCAGAAAAUAUUGACUAUCAAGAACCUGAAAUUUGUUCACCAUCAGACAAUACCUUAAAUGAUUCUAAAUGUAUAACAACAUUUGAAGUUGAGAGAUUAACAAAUUUAAAAUUAAAAAGAACAGAAUUAUUAGAAAUUACUGAAACACAUAUUCAAUUUAUUUCUCAACGUACACCAAAAGUAUUACUUGUAAUUCCCUGGCAAUUAUUAGCACACUUUUAUUUAUCUAAAAAUCAUAAUGGUGUUGCAUUAUACAAAAUUAUAUGGAUAAAAUUUGAUUAUCUCUUUCAUAAUGGUAUGAAAAAAUCAAAUAGUAAUACAUUAGAUUCUAAAAAUUUUUUUCAAAGAAUAUACAAAAAACGAGGUUCACAAAGUUUAUCAUCAUCAACAAAUGAUUUUCAGGGUAGAAAUUCAAUAGAUAAAUGUUCUUUUCAAUAUGAUUAUAAAUUUUUUGAAGAAAAUAUAUCUUUUGCAAAAUGGAAAAUUAUUAAUUUUGAAUUAUCAAGUUAUUAUUCAUCCUCAAUAACAAAUAUUAUGUAUCCUAUUGAAAAUAAUUUAAGUGCAUUAGUUUAUAAAAAAUCAGAUAAUGGUCGAAGAUCACCACUAGAAGCAUGGGAUAUAUAUAAAAAAAAUCAAAAUUCUUCACAUUUAAUAAAUAAUUUAUAA